UGAAUGCACUGGUUAUAAAUCUAAGUCUGUAACAAAGUCAAAAGCUUCAUAUUCUUGCUUAUUGAUAUGAUUCAUUCAUUGAUUCUUGUUUAGUAGCAUUUAAAAGAUCCAUCUGAUUAAUGCUGCUGUUGAAGGAGCAGCCCUGUUUGGACUGAAUAUUCACAUUUGAAGGAAUAGAAUUGUUUACUCUAUAAAGAGCUGUUUUUUCCCCCUGAAGUAAUAGAUCAUAUCAUACCCAGGAUCAAAUCAUUUGUAUGUAUUAUCAUCCCAUCUGUGUUGUUUUGAAGGGAAUGUGUUAUUUCAUGUCUGCUGUGUGCGUUUUCUGAAAAUGCCAGCGUGUCAGGUGUCCAACCCGAGGUGCUCUGGAAGGUCCGGGUUUAGCCGUGCGGUGACGAGGCAGCCGGGUGAACCUGUACUAGGGUCGUGCUGUGUACGAGUUUGAUGAGGCUGAUCUCUGGUGCUCAAUCGGCGUGUGAACUGGGCAGCUACAGGAUUCCAUUCAGUCAUGGUUUGAUACCAGUUCUGACUCUACGUUGUGAAAAAGUGUUCCCUUGUGGUUUCGGGUGCCUGGUUCAGUGAUGAUGCAGCCUCUUGUUUUUGUGCUGCUGCUGCUGCUCGGCUGCUCCGUCCGGCCCUCGCAAAGCAUGAGCAAGGAGGAGAAGCUCCGACUGAGGAACCAAGUGGUGGAGAUGUUUGACCAUGCUUAUCAAAAUUACAUGGACCAUGCGUAUCCAGCAGACGAGCUCAUGCCUCUGACGUGUCGGGGUCGAGUACGAGGUCUGGAGCCCAGUCGAGGGGACAUCGAUGACGCUCUUGGAAAGUUUUCUCUCACCCUCAUAGACACUCUGGACACUCUUGCGCUGUUAAACAAGACGAAGGAGUUCGAAGACGCUGUGAGGAAAGUCAUGAAGGACGUUCGACUGGACAACGACAUCGUCGUGUCCGUUUUCGAGACCAAUAUCCGAGUGCUGGGAGGGCUGCUGGGAGGACACUCCAUGGCUGUGAUGCUGAAAGAUGGAGGUCAGCACAUGCAGUGGUACAAGGAUGAGCUUCUGCAUAUGGCUAAAGAUUUAGGAGUGAGACUGCUGCCCGCCUUCAACACCAGCAGUGGCCUGCCUUAUCCCAGAGUUAACCUGCGGCACGGAGUUCAGGGUCCCGAGACACGGACCGGCACGGAGACGGACACCUGCACUGCAUGCGCUGGCACCAUCAUACUGGAGUUUGCCGCCCUGAGCCGCUUCACCGGGGACCCCACCUUUGAGACCCAUGCGAGAAGAGCUCUGGACUUCCUGUGGGAGAAGAGACAGAGGAACAGCAACCUCGUGGGAACAACCAUUAACAUCCACUCUGGAGAGUGGGUGCGGCGAGACAGCGGAGUCGGAGCUGGGAUCGACUCGUAUUACGAGUACCUCCUGAAGGCUUACGUUCUCCUGGGGGACGACCAGUUUCUCCAGCGCUUUAAUAUCCACUAUGCAUCCAUAAUGAAGUACAUCAGCCAGCCUCCGCUGUUACUGGACGUGCACAUACACAAACCCCUGCUGCCCGCACGCACCUGGAUGGACUCUCUGCUGGCUUUCUUCCCUGGUCUGCAGGUACUCAAAGGAGACAUUCGACCAGCCAUAGAGACCCAUGAAAUGCUCUAUCAGGUCACCAAGAAACACAACUUCCUUCCUGAGGCGUUCACCACAGAUUUCAGAGUGCACUGGGCGCAGCAUCCUCUGAGGCCCGAGUUUGCAGAGAGCACCUACUUCCUGUAUAAGGCCACCAGGGACCCGUACUACCUGGAGGUGGGACGGACCGUGAUGGAAAACCUGAACCGCUUCGCCCGUGUUCCCUGUGGCUUCGCUGCCAUGAAGGACGUGAGGACGGGAAGUCACGAGGACCGCAUGGACUCGUUCUUCCUGGCCGAGAUGUUUAAGUACCUGUUCCUGCUGUUCGCCGAGGAGGACGACCUGUCCUUCGACGUGGAGGACUACGUCUUCACCACCGAGGCUCACCUGCUCCCGCUCUCGCUCUCCACUGCGCCCCGCUCACCCUCGCCCCCUGCGGGCAACUCCACGGCCCCGGGAGAGCUAGAUGACUCGAACUUUGAGUGGACGUGCCCCAACACACGCCUUCUUUUCCCCGAUCCCUCCUACCCACAGAAUUUUCGGGAGCCAAUCAGGAGCGCGGUGGACAAAAGUUGUCCGCGACCUGCACCCCCUCGGGAGCCAGGAUUGGGUCGAGCUCCACUGAGGGCUCAGGACUUCAUGGCCAAUAAUCCAGAGCACCUGGAGCUCCUGAGGAGGAUGGGGGUGACUCUGAUCCACCUGAAGGAUGGCAGAGUGCAGCUCGUACAACACGCCGCUCAGGCGGUGAGUGCGGUGGCCGCCGAGGACGGCAUGCGCUUCAUGCAGGAGAUGAUGGAGCUGUCCAGCCAGCAGCAAAAAGAGCAGCUUCCUCCCCGUGCGGUGCAGAUCAUCUCGCACCCCUAUUUCGGGAGAGUGGUACUGACCGCCGGACCCGCGCAGUUCGGAACGGACCUUUCGAAAAGCAACCUGGGGGUCAGAGGGUUCGUGAUGGUGGCCGAGCCCUACACGGGCUGCUCCGAGCUGAGCAACGCUGACUACGUAGCCGGUCGGAUCGCUCUGCUGCAGAGGGGUCAGUGCAUGUUCGCAGAGAAGGCCAGGAACAUCCAGAAGGCCGGAGCCAUCGGGGGUAUCGUCAUCGAUGAUAACGAGGGCAGCAGCAGUGACACGGCGCCGCUGUUCCAGAUGGCAGGAGACGGGCGGAGCACGGACGAUGUCACUCUGCCCGUUCUCUUCCUGUUUCACAAGGAGGGGAACAUCCUGCUGGAGGCGCUGAAGGACCACAGGGAGGUGGAGGUGCUGCUCAGCGAGAAAGCACGAGACCGAGACGCUAUAUUUAAGGGAAAAGCCCUGCCGGGCGCCCUGUUGGAUGGCGGUGCUGAAGAAACUGAGGACGAGGUGGGAGGAGACUGCUGCACAGAGGACCACACCGACCCCGCCCCCUCGCCCACACCCGACCAAUCACAGUCCACCCCCGCGGAGCAACGUGCAGUGGACGAGGAGCCUGUAGGACAGGAGGACGCCACCGUGACCGCGAUGGACGAGCCCGUAGAGGACGCCGACGCUGCCAACCAAUCAGCGGACUCUAUUAUGGCUGAUUGGCAGGAGGACCUGGAGGCGUUUAAGCAAAUGGAGAAUGAUGAACUUUGACCUCGGUGAUGAGUCUCAUCCCAGAACCAUAAUAAUAACAAUAAUAACAAUAAUAUUCAUAAUAAUACUGAAGCAGAAUGAUCGGACACUUUCGGACACACCGGAUCACACGGCGUCAUUCUCAGGUGCAAACCCCGACUUCGCUCGGACCCUCGGAGUCCUUCCCUAAACUCGCACGGGGUCCAAACUUCGUUAUCUCGCUAUCCUCGUUCCUCUUUCUUCGUCAGUUCCGCGCUCGUUAAAUCAGGGUUACGAAGGGAUUUACAGACUGAUCAAAGCGAUCGGCGGUCAAUCAGAUUAAAGCUCGUUUCAUCUCUCAUCGGUUUACACCUCCGUAGUCUUGAUACACCAUGUGCUCAAAAAUACGUGGACACCAGGGCAUGUGUGUGAACUGAUCUCAAUUCCAGUGACCACUUUUGGGAUGAAUUGGAACAUCGAUCGCUCCUAGGUGCCUGAGUAGGCCUAAAUUCCCACAGACGCACUCCAAAGUCUGUCUGCUAUUUUGAAAGGGGGGAUUUCAUAUUAAUGUCCGUAGUUUUGGAAUGGUCAGGUGUCCACAUAUUUCUGACACUUUUAACAAGAUUAAAGCAGGUUUUUCAGUGCUGCUGACCGGUCGAGGUGCCCGCACAGUUCAAGCUGAUACUGCGCUCUGUGAGACUCCGCCCCUGGUAGGUGAAAAGAAGCGGUGGCGGCAGCGACGGAUCGGGGGAAAAAGGAGAGAAAUGAAUAAAUAAAAGUUAAAACGGGA